AUGGGUAACUGCUGCUCAGAUCCCGUCAACUUCGACGGCGAGGUCGACCUCUUCCACUUUGAUCUUCACCGUGCUGUAGGAAAGGGUGCUUUCGGCAAGGUUCGCGUUGUCGAGCACAAAAAGUCCAAGCAGCUGUAUGCCCUCAAGUACAUUGAUAAGGCCAAGUGCAUCAAGCAGAAAGCUGUUGCAAACAUCAUCCAGGAGCGUCGUCUACUGGAGGAGAUUGACCAUCCCUUCGUCGUCAACUUACGCUAUGCGUUCCAAGACGACGAGAACUGUUUCUUUGUGCUCGACCUUAUGCUCGGCGGGGACCUGCGUUUCCACUUGGAGCGGUUGCGAUACAUCCCCGAAGAAGUUGUGCGUUUCUGGGUGGCCGAACUAUCUUCGGCGCUGGAGUACCUCCAUCGGAAACGCAUCAUCCAUCGUGACUUGAAGCCUGACAACAUCUUGCUCGAUGCCAUGGGUCAUGCCCAUGUUACUGACUUCAACGUCGCCAUCCACUACUCGGAACGACGAAUGCACACUAGCGUCGCGGGCAGCAUGGCGUACAUGGCCCCCGAGGUCAUUGGUCGCCAGGGCUAUACGUGGUGCGCGGACUGGUGGAGUCUUGGUGUGGUCACAUGGGAGCUCCUCUUCCACCGACGACCGUUCGAUGGUCGCACUGCGGAGAAGAUGAAACAGUCCAUUCUCAAGGAUCACGUCCGCCUGCCUUCUCGCGCAUCGGAAAAAUGCAGCAAGGAGGGCCAGCAGUUUGUCAUGGGGCUCCUUACGCGGGAUUCCAAGCAGCGCUUGGCGUGUCGCGACAGGGACCUCGGCAUCGAGGAUAUUCGAAACCACCCUUGGAUGGCCUGUAUCGACUGGGACACCUUGGAGAACAAGGAGUCCCAGCCUCCGUUCGUCCCUGACAUGAAAAAGGCGAACUUUGAUGUCUCUCAUGAGCUCGAUGAGUUCCUGAUGGUCGAGAAACCGCUCGUUCAUUCGAAGCGGAAGCUGAACCCUGACCUCGAGAAGAUGAAACCCGAGCUUCGGCAGCUAGAGGAGCAAUUCACGCUCUACGACUUCUCGAAGAACAAGCGGAUAUCAUACUAUCCCCAUAACCAGCCAAUCACCAACGGCAUACAUGCGGAUGCGGAUGCCAGCGAAAUCGCCCCGUCUACCACGAACACGAUUGCGCCAACAUCCACUAUGGUGCACGGUUCGAGACCCGGGUCCCCCCUCAACGAAGAUGAGAUACCCACCCAACAGUUCGCCUACUCGCAUCCGCCUAUACCAUCUGUCAACGGAGACGGCUCGACAGAGUCAAAGCCAUGA